UGCGAAGGAAGGAGUUGGGUGAAAGCGAAGGAAAUUGAGAAAGAAAAAAAAAAAAGCAAUUUUUCUCUUCCUAUAAAAGACAGUAAUACUCAACAGUCCUUAGAGGGAGAAUCAUAUCUGACUGUGCAGCCUAGCUCCUGAGCGCCAAAGUAGUUUAUGUUUCUCUUUAAAUAAUUCAUCAAAGUUCACAAGAAUUUCGACCUGCUUCCUCCAGAAACUUCACUCUAAACCCUUUGUAAUAUUUCAAAAUGGAGGUGUCUGGUUUAAAUGGAUUGCAAUAUGACGAGGAGAAGGCAUUGACCAGUUUGCUUGAUGCAUUCGGUUCUGUGUUUUCUCUUAAUGAUAUUGCUUCUGCUUACUGUGAGGCGGGCCGGAAUGCGGAUUUGGCUGGUAAAAUUCUGUUUGAAAUGCAAGGGAGCACCUCUUCAGUUGCUACUGACGCAUCUGCUUGUAAGAUGAAAUAUGAUCAAACUUCAAAAUCCUGUGGUAAUAAAUCCCAGACUUAUUAUCAAGCAAAUGGGGGUUUUAUAGUCCCUAAGGAAAAUGGGCAACCACUUUCAGCUGCAGGUGACGCAUCUAAUGGUGAGGUGAAAAGUGAUGAAUCUUCAGAAUCAUCCUGUGGUAAAAACUCCCAGAAUUAUUGUCAAGCAAAUGGGGGUUUUACAGCCCCUAAGCAAGAAUGCCAACCAGUUUCAGCUGCUAGCGAUUCAUCUAAUGGUGAGGCCAAAAAUGAUGGACCUUCAGAAUCUUUCUGUAGUAAUAGUUUGCAGAGUUCUUGGCAAGCAAAUGGGGAUUUAAGAGCUCCAAAGCAAAAAAGGCGGCCGGUUUCAGGAGGCACUGUUUCAAGCAUGCUAGGGAAGGGGUAUAUGAAGUCUGUCCCUUUGGCUAGUGGUUCCUAUCCAGGAACCAAACCUUUCAAGGUUGACUCAGAGGAGUUACCAAUGUCUAAAGUUUGGGGGGAAGGACUCAAAUCCAGUCCUCUAAAGGAGGAACGUUUGCACAAGGAUAUGGAAGAUUUUCUCUUCAAAAUGCUUGGGGAGGGAUUUCAACUGGACAAGGAUGUCAUUAGAGAUGUUCUUGAUAGUUGUGGAUACGACAUGCAAAAGAGCAUGGAGAAGCUACUUGAUCGAUCAGCUGUGAAUUUGGACAAAGAGAACAAAUUUCUUGGUGAGUCCAGUAAAAAGAAUAAUGUUAUGCAUACAAGGGCAGAGGGACCUUCACAAGAAAAGAACAGCGAUUUGAGUGCAAAUGGUGGAGAAUUAACUAGACUACAAAAAGACAGAAAUGAUCUUCAACAGGAUGUCUUGGCUGCUUUCUUUAAAGGUCCUGAGAGAUUUGAUGAAUUGCCUAGGAGGAGAACUGGGUCUGCAAAGAGGCCUAUAGCAUUAGGAGAACUUGUGGAAGGACCUCUAAUUGAUUUCCCUGCUGAGCAGAAGGCUGAUGGAGUUUGCUUUCAAGAAGUUGAAAAGGAUGAUGAAGAUGAAGAAGAUAGUUUCCAGGCUCUUCAAAGAGCUGUGAAGGAAUAUAGGGGCACAAUGAAGGAAUACUAUAAAGCUGCUGUUGAUGCAUUUGCUAAGGGUGAUCCAGAUCAAGCAAACAGAUUUCUAGAACAGGGACAAUUUUUCCGUGAAAAGGCUCGCCAAGCAGAUGAAGAAUCCAAUCAAAAGAUUUUUGAAACUAGGAACACAAACACUGAUGAUGUAAUGCGGCUUGAGUUGCACAAUCUUGGCUCUAGGGAGGCAAUACGUCAUUUGAAGUCUCAUCUAUCUUUGCUAGCAGGCAUCCCAUUAUUGAAGUACCUAAAGGUCAUUGUAGAGACCAAUGAAGAAGAUUCCUCAAAAGGCAGUCGAAGACGAUUGCAGGUUAUGAAGCUGUUGGAGAAGGAAUCAAUCAGCUGGAGUGAAGGAGAAACUCCUGGAGUGGUAAUGAUUCGAAUGGAUAAUAUCAACCCCAAACGUUUGAGUUUUGCCAAGAAAUAGAGCAUGCAUCCUGGGAUCAAGUUUGUUCCUUUCAACUUUAAGCUGAUAGUUAUUGUUAUCAGUAAUUCUUUAUCCAUUUUGUAAUUGCAACUUUUUCUAUUCUUGUAAACUCUACUGGAACCUGUAAUGGAAUUGAACAUAAUUUAUAUUGUCAUCCUAGGCUUCUUUUUUUUUUUUUUUUUUUUUGGUGAUACAAUAGUAUGAGAAGGGAGGAUUCCAGGUUAA